AUGACUAGAUGGUCAACCCCUAGACUUCACUGGUUCAAAUUGAAUUUUGAUGGCUCUGCUCAACGCAACUGCCAGGUUGGCGGUGGAAUUAUAAGGGAUCACCUUGGGAACAUGGUUGUAGCCUAUGCUGGCAACCUAAGGGAUAAUACGGUCACUCAAGCUGAAGGGAUGGCCCUCCUUUGGGGUCUGAAAAUGGCUAACUCCAUAGGAAUAAAACACCUCGAAAUCAAAGGAGAUUCUCAAAUCAUUAUUGAUUCUAUCAAAGGAAAUGCUUUCGCUGGAUGGAGAGUGGAACCUAUCCUGAGGGAUAUCGGUUGCUUUCUAGUCAAAAUGGAGGAUUUCACUAUAUGUCACAUAUUCAGAGAAGGAAACAGUGCUGUCGACUCCAUGGCGGCUGAAGGAAGACUGCAGAAUGGCUUACGGUGUUGGAGGGACUCCAAUCUACUGCCAAUCACCAUCAAAGAAAUCUUGGAAAAGGAAAAGGCCUUUUUCAAGGAAAGGACUGCCCCUUCUGCUCAAUGA